AAUUAUACUAAAUAUAUGUAGUAUUAAUUUGUGAUGGAAAUAGUAGUAAUAAUACCAUUAAGUGGAGGAUAUAUGAAAUUGAAAUUGACAAGCAUGAAUUAAAUUUAGGAAGAGUCCGGAAGGAGAAUGUCUUGCAUGUGCGCACGUGCACGUGCACGCGCCUUCUUAAAGCAAAAUUGAUGCGAGAAAAAGGAGGGUGCGGUCUGAAGGGGUUUUAGCCCCAAACUUUGAUCUCUAGCCGCGUUUUGGUUUCACCUUUUUGAUUGAUUGAGAUGAGUCCCGCACAAUUCAUGCAUAUAUAUAUGUACCUAUAAAUAUACGAAGCAUAUCCACUAUGAUGCCCAUUUCAAGCCCUUUUGUCUUUGCAUAGCAUUUGUGCUCUAAACGUCCCAUUACGUUAAACCACCACAGCUGUUGAGAGACUUGGAAAAAGACUGAAGAAAGAACCAUGGAAGAUCAGUGCAGUCCUCUGAGUCUCAGCUGGGGUUGCUACUUCCAGGACGAGGGAAUUGAAGGGCUAAAGCAAUCCCUCCUCUACACCACACUCGACUUGGAGACAACAAUCGUGUCUGCUCAAGAAGAAAUCGCUAGAAAACAAGAUGAACUGGCCUUCCUCAAAGACCUGUUGAUGAGCACAGUCAGCGAGAGAGACGAGCUUCAAGCAAUCUGCCGGAGACUGGCAAUGGAGAAAGCCGUGCUGCAACAGCAGCUCGAGGCGACUGCCGCCCCCGGCGAAGAUUUGAGGCGGGGAGAGUCCAACAACGGGUCUUCGUCGACCUCGGAUUCCAACGAGAACGUUGACCCGCCACUGCCGUCGCCGUCGCCUUCGCCGUCACCAUCGCCGUCGCCGUUGCCAAUGCAGCUGGGAGAAGUUAUAGAAAGAUUGGCGGCCAAGAAGGCCUUGCCGGAGAACGGAAAGUUCCUGCAGGCGGUGAUGGAGUCCGGGCCUCUGCUCCAGACGCUGAUGCUGGCGGGGCCGCUGCCGCAGUGGCAGCGGCCGCCGCCGCCGGUAAGCUGCACGGAGAUCCCGCCGGUGACCAUAUAUUCGCCGAAGCUUCUGAAGCAGGAUUCUUGUGUGAGCUCAGAUAAUUGUUUGUUUCAAUCAAAAGAGCGGAGUUGUAGUGUAAUGUCUAAUGGUAAUGGUAAUUGGUAACGUGAGUUUAGUUUGGUUUUAAAAUUAUGGUUUUGGUGAUCUUUCAUCUUUUGUUCUCAUGCCAAAGAAGGCAAAUUAAUGAUAAAUGACCAUGAAAUGGAUG